ACAUCGAGGUAAAUAUUUACAAAGGAAAACAGUUUUCCGUAAUGUUUUCUAUGCGAUCACACAGUCCUAGAUGCAUAUUUGUCUUUUUCUAGCAAACAUGCCCAAACAUCUCCAAAUGUCGUCCAAUGCAAACAACGAACAGAAGCAUGAUGGUUUCCUCCUUUUCGAUCUCAAACCCUAACAACUGCGGAUGAAAUGACAACACCGGUCCCCAGUGGGAGAGACGGGAAAUUGCAUGCAAGACGACCUUAAAGGAGAGGGUAAGACCAAGAAAUACUAUAAGAAUCACCACGAGAAGUCAUCAUGUCCAAGUUAAAAGCGAGAGCGGCCCAGAUUGCCAUACUGGGGCUUGGGGUCGCCGCCGGAAGCGACGGUGUCGGAAUCUUGGGCCCGGACGAGCCUCAAGCGGCAUCUUCUCCGCUUAGGAAAAGGAAAGGCGACGGAGCGCGGGAGAAGAGAGGGAGGAGAGGGGGAGGAGAAGCAGAGGGACGACCGAGAGGAGGAGGAAGGCGACGGCUCGGAAAGAAGCUUGGAGGCAAGGAGGGAUGACAUGAGAGCUCCCUUGCUCGCUCUUCCCUCAGACGGUGUCCACGAGGUGCUCACUCUUUUGCCUCAGUAAAGAGAAGUCGGAGGCUCGGAUCUCGCCCGUUGGAUCAGCGGUUUUUGACGGCAGUCAACGUAAAUAAAUAAUUCAAAGCCCACUUCGAAUGAGAUGACCCGAGUCUUCUUUUACCAACCUUUUGCCCACGUUACCGCCGAACAAUAACAGUUCACACGCACAUUAUAUCAAACACUGUUAAGGAGAGGAUCUGAUCGAGUUCGGCGUGGCGGUAUUGAGAUCAAAGAGUUACUUUCCUCUGCCACAUUCCACUCUCCGCGCUCGCCUCCGUUCCGUUACAUGCGGGACUCCGAGAAGCGAAAGCAACGAGCAAACUCGAACAACGAGUUGCUCCUCUAAUAAGAGAGAGCAAAGGCAGAGAGGAUCUCCAAUGGCCUCGAGGCUCGGCUCUCUCCCUUCCCAACUCGGAUCCCCUCCCCUGCACCACCGCCACCACCUUCGCUGCCGCCAGUUCGCCUCCCUCUCCUGGUGCCGAACGUCAGCGCCAUCGCAGCUCCGCCUCUUCUCCGCUUCGGCCUUUGGGUAUGCUAUGUUAAAGUCAUGGUUAUCACAAGGUAGCCUACAAUAAGAUGACAAGAAUUCACCGGGCAUGUAUCAUCACAAUUGUCUUUCUCUGAAACCGUGCAAACCAACCGCCAACUGAACGCAGCGCUUCCCCGUGCGACGCCUCGGUUCGGUGCGCUAUGUUUACUCCCUCGUCUGACACCAACUCCAUCGGCCCGUACAACUCCGAUGAGCGCUGCGCAUGCCCCUGUUCCACCACCCCACCGUUCUGGUGGCGGCGGCCUCGCUGCCGCUGAUGAUGGUGGCGCAGGCGGUGAUGAUGACGGCAACGACCCGUCCCGCCUCAAGCGGACUCACACUGUCGACGCCGACCCCGUAUUCUCGGAGGAGGAGGCAGAAGAAGAGGAGGAGGAAAAAGAUGGCCUUGAUAUCCCACCUGACCGGUUGCCCCCUUUGGAUAUCCUUCGUCCUCCCCCCCACCUGAGCGGGUGGCAGAGGGACACUGCCCCCGCUCUCGCUCCGCACCAAUGCCACGUCUGCGGCAGGACAUUUAGGUCCGCCAAGUCCCUGCACGGCCACAUGAGAUCUCACCCGGCACGGAAGUGGCGCGGGGCCGUCCCGCCGUCUAUGCGUCCGGGGUUCGAGCAAGAGGCCGCGGACUCCUUGCUCCUGCUAUCCGGCGCGGGGAUAGCGCAGCAGAGGAAGUACGUUUGCGACGGGUGCAAGCAAGAGUUCGACACCCGGCAGGCACUCGGCGGCCACCGUGCGAGCCACAGGAACCGGAAAGGCUGCUACGCAAGAGCCAAGGAAGUAACAAGGGGCGGCUCCAAGAGGAAAGAGCAACAUCCAGGGAGAAGCGGCGGGGAGACGUCUUGGGCCGAGGAACAGGCGGACGAGGCGGAGGGAGAAGAAGGUGCAGCGGAGGCACCUACGGCGUCAGGGGGAGCGGUCGAGGGGACUUCUAGAAGUAGUAAGAGGAGACGGCGGGAGCAUCGGGUGGAUUUGAAUUUGCCGCCAGUGUCAUCGUCCGACACCGGCAGCGCAAGCUCGUCUUCUGCUGUCAACAGUGCUCCCUAG